CCCAGGGCCUCGACGUGCCCAACCUCGCCAGUGCCCGCAACUCGCUCUCGCCGUCGAUGGAAGCGGCCCAGGACGCGGCAAACUACGCCAAGUCCGCCCCCAGGCCCACGAGCCCCUCGCCCUCGGUCGCGAGCGAGAAGACGGAGGCCGAGCUGCAGGACAAGCAGGAACGCGAAGAGGAGGAGCGGAAAACUCGAAUCCAACUUUACGUAUUUAUUUCGCGAUGCAUCGCCUAUCCUUUCAACGCCAAGCAACCUACGGACAUGACCUGCCGCCAAAUGAAAAUUACGAAGCAGCAGCUGGAGACCCUGGGCUCCCGAUUUCAGAGUUUCCUGAAAGGGGAGAUGCAGAUCAUGGCGGACGAGGCCUUCCACAACGCGAUCCAGCAUUACUUCGACGUGUUCCUCAAGUCGGAACGGGUGAUCCGUAUGGUGCAAAGCGGCGCCUGCUCGCAGUACGACUUCCGCGAGGUGUUCAGGAUCAACAUAGAAAAGAGAGUUCGGUCCCUCCCGGAAAUCGACGGGCUGAGUAAGGAAACGGUCAUCACCUCCUGGAUGGCCAAGUUCGAUUGCAUAUACAAGGGCACCGGCGACGAGGAGACCAAGAGGCCUUCCAGGAUACAGCAACAGUCGUUGAAGUCGGAACUGAUCCUCUCCAAGGAACAGCUCUACGACAUGUUCCAGCAGAUUCUCGGGAUCAAAAAGUUCGAGCACCAGCUGCUGUUCAACGCCCUCCUGUUGGAUUCAGCCGACGAGCAGGCUGCCGCCAUCAGGAGGGAGCUGGACGGUCGCAUACAGAAGGUCAACGAGAUGGAGAAGAACCGCAAGCUCAUGCCGCGGUUCCUCCUCAAAGAAAUGGAAUCGAUCUAUAUAGAAGAGCUCAAGUCGUCUAUCAACCUGCUAAUGGCUAAUUUGGAGUCGUUACCGGUCUCCAAGGGUUCGAUAGACAGCAAAUACGGGCUGCAGAAGCUGAAGCGAUACAACCGCGGUGAUCGCUCCCGCUGCCGCAGUCAGAGCUCUCUAGCUAAGUUAGAAGGCGACUCCGCCGAUUCCGAUCCCCAGCUGACCAAGAUGGACGUAGUCCUGACCUUCCAAUUGGAAGUUAUCGUAAUGGAGGUCAAGGGCCUCAAGAGUCUGGCACCUAAUCGAAUAGUCUAUUGCACGAUGGAGGUGGAAGGCGGCGAGAAGCUGCAAACGGACCAAGCCGAGGCCUCCAAACCCAUGUGGGACACCCAGGGUGAUUUCUCUACGACGUACCCCUUGCCCGUGGUAAAAGUGCGUCUUUACACGGAGAAUCCUGGUAUGUUGGCCCUGGAGGACAAGGAGUUGGGCAAGGUGAUCCUCAGGCCGACUCCUCUAUCCCCCAAGGUACCCGAGUGGCAUCGCAUGACCGUCCCGAAAAACAAUCCCGAUCAGGACCUUCGAAUCAAGAUUGCCUGUCGCAUGGACAAGCCGCUGAACAUGAAGCACUGCGGGUACCUUUACGCCUUGGGCAAGUCGGUAUGGAAAAAGUGGAAGAAGCGGUACUACGUGCUGGUCCAGGUCUCGCAGUACACAUUUGCGAUGUGUUCGUAUAAGGAAAAAAAGAGCGAACCGUCGGAAAUGAUGCAGCUCGAUGGCUAUACAGUGGACUAUAUCGAGGCCGCUUCUGCUAACCUCAUGGUCGGCAUGGAUCUCGAGGGUGGAAGAUUCUUCUUCAACGCCGUCCGUGAAGGCGAUAACAUAGUCUUCGCCUCGGAUGACGAGAACGAGUGCCAUUUGUGGGUAAUGGCCAUGUACAGGGCAACCGGCCAGUCCCACAAGCCCACGCCGCCCGUCUCCGUUGCUGACAAAAAUUCGACCAUCAGCAAGAUUCAAGGCGAUGCCGAUCGGGCGAGGAAACACGGGAUGGAGGACUUUAUCAGUGCGGAUCCCUGCAAAUUCGACCACGCGGCGCUCUUUAAGUUCCUGCAGAAUCUGAUGCUGGACUACAGACUGAACGAUCCAUACUGCUCGCUGGGCUGGUUCUCUCCAGGACAGGUUUUCGUCAUCGACGAAUAUUGCGCUAGAUACGGAGUUCGCGGUUGCUUCCGUCACCUGUGCUCCCUGAGCGACCUGCUGGACAGGGCGGAGCGAGGGAUCAUGAUCGACCCGACCUUGAUUCACUACAGCUUCGCGUUUUGCGCGAGCCACGUCCACGGAAACAGGCCCGAUGGCGUAGGCUCCGUCACUCACGAGGAGAAGGACAAGUUCAUGGAGAUCAAGGAGCGCCUGCGGCAGCUUCUGGAGAAGCAGAUCACGAAUUUCAGGUCGAGCUUCCCGUUCGGUCGACCCGAGGGUGCCCUGAAGGCGACCCUGUCGCUCUUGGAACGGGUCCUGAUGAAGGAUAUAAGUUCCCCGAUCCCGGCCGAGGAAGUACGCGGCAUGAUCAAGUCUUGCCUAGAGACCGCUGCACUCGUCAACUACACAAAGCUCUCCGCCGUGGCGAAGAUCGAGGACGAUUUCAAUGGGGAGGUCUGCGUGCCUCCCAGUAAGAAACUCGAGGACCUCAUCCACCUCGCGGAGCUUUGUGUCGACCUGUUGCAGCAAAACGAGGAACAUUAUUCGGAGGCGUUCGCCUGGUUUAGCGACCUCCUGGUGGAGCACGCCGAGAUCUUCUGGUCCCUCUUCGCGGUCGACAUGGACAAGGUGCUCUCCGAACAGCCGCCCGACACCUGGGAUAGUUUCCCGUUGUUCCAGAUCAUGAACGACUACUUGUCGACCGAUGACAACUUGAAGAACGGGAGAUUCCAUCAGCACCUGCGGGACACGUUUGCACCGCUCGUCGUCCGCUACGUGGAUCUGAUGGAGACGUCGAUCGCCCAGUCCAUCCACAAGGGCUUCGAGAAGGAGCGCUGGGAGAUCAAGGGCAACGGGUGCGCCACCUCGGAGGACCUCUUCUGGAAGCUCGACGCUCUGCAGACCUUCAUCGGCGGACUCCACUGGCCGGAUCCGGAGUUUCGCCAACAUCUGGAGCAGCGACUCAAACUGAUGGCCUGCGACAUGAUCGAGUCCUGCAUCCAGAGAACCGACGCGGCCUUCCAGCAGUGGCUGAAGAAAGGCGUCACCUUCAUCUCGACCGACUACAUCAUACCCUCGGAGAUGUGCGCCAUGGUCAACGUCAUCCUCGAUGCAAAGAACAAGAGCUUCAAGCUCUGCGCCGUCGACGGCGUCGACGUGCACCAAUACCACGCCAAGAUCGACGACCUCAUAGAAAAGACGUCAGCGGCGAUGACUCAAGGAAUGAUCAACAAGCUGGUGACUGUUCUGGAGACGACCCUCUCCAAGCUGGCGCGGUAUGACGAGGGCUCGUUCAUCGGCUCCAUUCUUAGUUUUACGAAGGUCUCGGGUAGCGGAAAAGAGAUGGGUCAGGCCUACGUGAAUUUCACGAGGAACUGCAUGGACCAGAUUCGCAGCAAGGUCAUCGACGAGCUCUGGAUUCUGACCUUCUUCGAGCAAUGGUACACGGCGCAGAUCCAGAUGCUGUGCAACUGGCUGUCGGAAAGGCUCGACAACAGCCUGCACCUGUACCAGUGCACGUGCCUCGCUCACAUCGUGAAGAAGGUUUAUUCGGACUUCGAACUCCAAGGAGUUAUGGAGGACAAACUGAACUCGCAGACAUAUCAGACGAUAUCGCAGAGGAUGCAAACGGAGGAAGCAACUUGUGCCUUAACCAUGAGCGCUCAAAACGAGGAAGGAUUGUCGGAAAACGGCAACGACGAGGACGUGGAGAGGCCCAAGACAAAGGUGACGGUCGUCGAGACGAUCGCUGGGGACGACGGUAACUACGUAGCGAACAUCUCUAACGUGACCUCCAACGUGGUCGGGAAAGUGGGCAGCAUGUUCGGCAAAGGCAUUGGUGGCCUUUCAACCAAAUUCGGCGGCGCCACCAGUUGGUUCUAACAAGGAACAACCCGCCGUUAAUUUAAUUUCACCUAGGACGUCCCUUAAUCCGCUCGUCUACCGAGUAGGUUGCAGCGAGAAGACCCAAAAAGUACCUAGGAUUCGUAGGAGCUAAACAAGCCUUAGAAGUUCUUCCCGGCAGAGGAGCUGACAAUGAGAAGAAUUUCCGGAAGCGAUACAGCCGAGAUGGCUUCCGAAUCUCCUAGUCGCAACGGGGUCGUCGCGUCGGACGUGGUUUCGUCGAGAGUCCACCGGAGGUCCUAACCCGAGACCAACAUCGAGUUCGGCCGCGUUCUCGAGGAAGGAGGUCUCCUCUUUGACCGGGCAAUCGAAGCUGGAAGAGAGUCCCAGUCCCUGGGAGUACCUGGAAUCGGUGGAUCCGCGCCUUCGCGGCCGAGGCUUAGUCUCCGAGUGGAGGCGCAACCGGAGAAAUCGAGCGGGAGGAAAGCUACGCGCGCGCGUAGAGCGAGAGGCACGCGAAGGGGUGACGCAGCUAUUGGAUACCCGCGCGAUCCCCGAACCGGAGGUACGCGGUUAAUAUUAGAUAAGGAUCGUCGUAACGGAUUUUCCUAUUUAGCGUGUAUUGGAGAGCAAUUCAGUCCGCGAGGCGUACCGAAGAAACGCACGAAUUGUAGAACAAGGGAAGGCCAUGAUCACUCCGCCGGAUAGGAGAUGGUCGAAGGGAAAGGGACGGGUCCGGGUCGAGAACCUUCCCAGGACGCGCUCUUUGUGACGUCGAUGAGCGAUCGGUGCCUUCGAACCAUUUUUAAGAUUCGCCCCCGAGGGCGCGAGAGAUUCUAAAGAAACGGAGGGUUUUCGCGAACGAACGAGAACGGACGGACGCCCGGCGCAUUUGGCAUCGAGCGUCGCGUUCCGAAUUUUCGAUCUCCAACGGGCGGUAACUCGGAUUUGUCGGCGGUUACGGGUUAUCUGGCAUAUUUUUAACGAGAUCUCGGGAUCGCGGGCGUGGUCUUGCCUGGGCAUACGUUGCAAUUGAAGUAUCGGGAAGAGCGCUCGCACGAGCGGCGCAACCGAGACCGUGCCGAGCGCGCCUCGUUCGCAAGAAAGAACGGCCGAGGUCGGUCAGAGUUUGCGAUCACUUUGUAAAUAUCGUUAGUCGAAGCUUCACCGGACGCGAGAGAACGGUCGAUCGUCGAGCGCGACUGCCAAGCUCGGUCCCGUCGAGGUCUGGCAAUCUUGGAAGUCGCGCAUAUCGUUCGAGUUCGGGAACGCGAGGCGCAUUCUCCGAGGAGGACUCGAAGUGAUUCGUGAUGGCGGAGAAGAAAAGAGAAACGGCAUUUGUCGCUAGUCUCGCGCGCAAACGAAAACCGAGCGAGGGGAUUCCUAUUGGCCCGGAGCUAUAAGAGCCUCAAGAGAGACACGACGCGGCAGGAGCGAACCAUCGUCGCACCGUCGAAGACGACGUUUACGGGGUCGUUCCAUCGUAUCCGUGACGAUCGCGCAAUGAUUCUAUCUAGAGCUCAUUAUGAUUAUCGUUAUAUUAUUCUUCUACUAUCGGUAACGACUCUACUGUAAUCCAUAUACUAGGCUAGGACAGUUACGGAACGAUGUCUCUUUCCGCUCCGACGAUGCUAUACUCCAGCACUACGGUACCGAGGUACCUUUUUCUCCCCCACCUCGUCUCUGUCUCUGUCUCUGUCUCUCUCUCUCUGUCUCUCUGUCUCUCUGUCUCACUUUCUCCGUCUCUAUCUCCUUAUUGUGUUAAUCGUGCCAGUAAUCGACCACAGAGGGGACUUUUUACUCUAGACGGUAUUCUAGCAAGUUUUAACUUCGAUUCCACUGUUGUUCUCUCGUUAAUAAAAAUUCGGGCACAAAAGCCCCGAUAAAAGGUC